AUGGAUUUAGAUAGUGACGAAAGUGAUGAGAAUGAUCCUUGCGAUACGCCUGAAGAUGAGGUUAGUUUUAUUUCUCAGAAUUGUCCAGCUGAAUAUUUGCAGUAUAUUGCUUAA